UUCAGGUGUUAUUGCACUGACAGAGUUCAUUCUGCCAAAUGUGGAGCGGAUGAUCCAGCGAUAACCAAUAAGAACAGGGCUACAAUGGUGAAAAUAGCUUCGGCAGUGGGGGUUGUUGGAGUUGUAGUGGUGGUAAUCUUGGCUUGUUGGUUUAGGACAAAGAUCUAUCCCUCGUCUCGUUUGUUUCGGAGGGAUAACCCAACCCAUCAUGUUAUUCAGAAGUUUUUGAAGGAACGGGGACCUCUUCCUAUAACUAGGCACAAUUAUUCAGAGAUUAAGAAAAUGACCAACUCUUUUAAAAACAAGUUGGGGCAAGGAGGCUUCGGUGGCGUAUAUAAAGGGAAGUUACAUGAUGGACGUGUUGUUGCAGUAAAGAUUUUAGCUGAAUCAAAAGGCAACGGCGAAGAAUUUAUCAAUGAAGUCGCAAGUAUCAGUACAACUUCACAUGUUAACAUUGUCAGACUCCUGGGAUUUUGUUUUGAUGGUUCUAAACGUGCUCUAAUAUAUGAGUUUAUGUCUAAUGGAUCUCUUGACAAGUUCAUAUAUCAAGACAAAAAUCCAUUACAGGUUGCUCAUCGAUUGGAUUGCCAGAUAAUGUAUAACAUUGCAAUUGGCAUUGCUCGUGGAUUAGAGUAUUUACACAGAGGUUGCAACACUAGAAUCUUGCAUUUUGACAUAAAACCUCACAACAUAUUACUGGAUGAGAAUUUUAGUCCCAAAAUUUCAGAUUUUGGACUUGCAAAAAUAUGUCCAACAAGAGAAAGUGCGGUAUCCAUUACUGGUGCGAGGGGAACUGCAGGUUAUAUUGCUCCAGAAGUUUUCUGCAGAAACUUUGGCGCCGUGUCACAUAAAUCAGAUGUUUACAGCUAUGGAAUGAUGAUCUUGGAAAUGGUUGGUAGAAGAAAUAAUAUUAAGAUUGAAAUCGAUCGUUCAAGUGAAUUGUAUUUUCCUUAUUGGAUUUACGAUCGUCUUGAAUCAAAUCAAGAGCUUGAUCUGCAAAUUGUAAGGAAUGAAAGUGAUGACAAAAUGAUGAGAAAAAUGGCAAUGGUAGGUUUGUGGUGCAUACAAACUCACCCUUCAAGUCGACCAACAAUAAGUGGCGUGGUGGAAAUGUUACAGAAAAAAGUUGAAUUAUUGGAAUUUCCGCCUAAACCGUUUUUGUCUUCUCCUUCACCAUCUCCGCCUCAUUUAUCACGGGAGACACUAUAGCUUUGUCAGAAACAAUUAUUUUUUACUUUUAAUUUGUUAGAACAAAUAUAUUUAUUUCUUAUACGUCUUUUAAUCAUGUGUUAGUAUCUUACUUAGUCA